UGCCACCCAACUAAAACAAAUCCAGCAUGGCAGCGGCAGCGGCGACAGCGGCAACAGCCUUGGGAACAUCGAACGGGUUGGGGUAUGCGGCCGGUACGACGGCGCGGGGCGCGGCUGCGACGCGCACCAAGGGCGUGGACGACCUCACGAUCAAGCUCGAGUUUGGCGGCGGACUGCACCUCCUCUUCUCGGCGCAGCCACGACACGUCGUGCACGUUCCCCGCACGAACGAGGGGCGGCCGGCUGACAUCCGGUUCCUCAUCCAGUGGAUGACGAAGAACCUCGUCAGCGAGCGCGAGGACAUGUUCAUUGAUGGCGAGAGCGUACGCCCCGGUAUCCUCGUGCUGAUCAACGACGCCGAUUGGGAGCUUGAGGGGGAGCUGGACUACGAGCUCCAAGAUGGUGACGAAAUCGUGUUCAUCUCGACGCUGCAUGGAGGAUGACACGUCAAAUGUUCUAUAUGCACGUCGAGGGUUCUGUACAGAUAGCAUAGAGAUGUACCAUAGCACGACGUUGGGAGCUACGCACGCUGCAU